AGCAAGCCACUGUGUUUGCCUCUACCGCUCAGUCUGAUCCUUUCCACCAUGUUUGCUUCAAUUAUUUUACUAUGGAUCUGUUUGAUCUUCAUCAUCCUCCAGCUGAAGUCUCGGAGACCCAAGAACUUUCCACCAGGACCCCCUGCCUUACCCAUUGUGGGAAACCUUUUGCACUUGACCCUGAAAAACCCCCUGAAAGACUUUGAGAGAUUGAGGAAGUCCUAUGGAGAUGUCUACAGUCUGUUCUUGGGCCCAAAACCAGCAGUUGUUAUCAACGGGAUGGAGGCUAUGAGGGCGGCCAUGGUGACCAAAGCCACUGAUUUUGCUGGGCGACCCCAAGACAUGUUAGUUAAUAAGGCCACCAAGAGGAACGGAGUGAUUUUUGCAGAUUUCGGCUCCAGCUGGAAGGAGCAUCGUCGCUUUGCUCUGAUGACUCUGAGAAACUUUGGGAUGGGGAAGAAUUCAAUGGAAGACAGAAUUCAUGGGGAGAUGCAGUACAUCAUAAAAACAUUGGAGGAGAGCGUUGGCAAAUCUUUCAGUCCUCAAGUCAUGUUUCAUAAUGCAGCUUCCAACAUCAUCUGCCAGGUUCUGUUUGGUACACGCUUCGAGUAUCAGGAUGAUUUCAUCAAAACAAUUAUUAGGUGUUUCACUGAGAGUGGUAAGAUCGCCAACGGCCCGUGGGCUAUGCUGUAUAACUCUAUUCCUAUGAUUCGUGGACUACCGCUGCCCUUCAACAAGGCAUUUAAGAAUAUGGAGAUUUGUGAGAAUCUUGUCAAAGUUUUGUUGGCAGAGCACAAGAAUACCAGAGUCCCUGGAGAUCCACGAGACUUUGUUGACUGCUACCUGGAUGAACUAGAUGAGAGGGUUGAGGAUGGUUCGUCGUUUUCAGAGGACCGGUUGAUCAUGUAUGCUUUGGAUCUUUACUUUGCUGGGACUGACACAACCUCCAACACUCUUCUUACUGGUUUCCUCUACCUUUCAACGCACCCACACAUACAAGAGCGCUGUCAGCAGGAGAUAGACUCUGUGUUGGAAGGAAAGGAUCGGGUCAGUUUUGACGACAGACACAACAUGCCAUUCAUGCAGGCUGUGAUCCAUGAAGUGCAGAGAGUAGCCAACACCGUCCCACUGAGCAUCUUCCACUGUACAACAAAAGACACAGAGGUCAUGGGAUAUUCAAUUCCUAAGGGAACGCGGAUCAUCCCUAAUCUGGGCUCAGUGCUGAAUGAUGAGAAACAAUGGAAACACCCUCAUGGAUUCAGCCCUGAAAACUUCCUCAAUGACAAGGGAGAGUUUGUUAAACCAGAGGCCUUCAUGCCUUUCUCUGCAGGUCCUCGUACAUGUCUUGGGGAGAGUCUGGCCCGUAUGGAGCUUUUCCUCAUCAUGGUGACGCUGCUGAGGAAGUUUAAGUUCAGCUGGCCUGAGGACGCUGGAGAGCCAGACUACACUCUGGUCUAUGGAAUCACUCAGACUCCCAAACCCUACAGCAUGAAAGUCCAGCUCAGAGCAACGCAGUAAGGCUGUCUGCAGAAACAGUAGAGAAUGAGCGUGAAUAACACAGAUGGCUGUUAAAGGGACAGUUCGGACUUUCUGAAGUGGGGAUGUAUGGAGUAAUUAUCAGUUGUGUAUGGAUUCAAAACACACGAGACAACCAUCAGUUCUGCUGCUGUCUGGAGAAUCUGAAUGGAGCGCUGAAACAGAAGAAUACACCCAGAAGAUAUUCAUUCAUGUUCACAUGAACAAAUAUUUGACAGCUUAAUCAGGGGAAAACAGUUUCCUCUGCUUCUGUUUUAAAAAUGUUGCUGAGAUACUUGAUAAAUUGCUAAUUUCAUUAUUUGACAUGUAAA